AAAUCUUUGUUUGGUUGCAUUGAAUGUUUAUAUCAUUUUAUAUACUUUGACGGCGUACAAUCCUUCGUAAUCCAACGAAUAUUUUACUGUUUUUAUCGUAUUUUGUAAGUGUUAAUAUUGUCUGAAGUGUAUUCUAUGAUUUUUUGGGUUCUUCGUGUUUGAAUCAAGAGAAAUAUAGAUAAAAUUAUGGAAUUGAAAAUCGCUGUCGUUUGUUCAAGUAAUCAAAAUCGAAGCAUGGAGGCUCACAAGUUUUUAAGUAAAAAAGGUUUCAAUGUCAAAUCUUAUGGGGCAGGAAAUCAAGUUAAGCUGCCUGGCUCGGCACCCAAUCAACCUAACGUAUAUUCGUUUCAAACUACAUACGAUGAGAUGUAUAAAGACCUACUACGAAAAGAUAGACUACUAUAUACACAGAACGGAAUUCUUCAUAUGCUAGAUAGAAACAGAAGGAUAAAAAGUAGACCAGAAAGAUUUCAAGACACGCAAGAAACGUUCGACAUUGUCAUAACCGCUGAGGAACGAGUCUACGACCAAGUUGUUGAAAGUUUAGAGAGUCGACAACCAGAGACGUAUUCUCCAGUUCAUAUCAUUAACAUCGACAUUCAAGAUAAUCACGAAGAGGCAACGCUGGGAGCUUUUCUUGUUUGCAGUCUUUGUGAACAGAUAAAUAAUGCCGAAGAUCGUGAAUGUGAAAUCGAAGAUAUUCUCGAACGAUUUCAAGCAAAAAAUGGCAGUCGAAACGUUCUUCACACCGUGGCGUUUUAUUGAAAAAGAUUAGAAAUCGCGAAAAAAUGUAGCUAUACUUGGUUGUGCUGUGUGCGAGAUAUUUGUGAAAGAUUACUUAGAUAGAGAAUUUAAUAAUUUGUGAUUUCUAGUCUGUGAACAGAUUGAUGUUCCAUCGAUGCUUUUAUUAUCUGUGAAAGAUUAAUGUUUGAUAUAGGCUUCAAUUGUCUGUGAAAGAUUAAUAUUUGAUCGAGAUUUUUUAUCUGCGAAUGACUAAUAUUGACAUGAUGUGAGAGAACGAAGACGUUUGAAGAUAAAGUGUAUUGCAACCCGUAAUAUGUGUUGUACUUUGCUUGUAACUAAUUAUAAAUAUGUUCUAUGACAUAGAAUUUUGAUGUGAAUAGUGUUAUGCAGCGAAUUGUGAAAAAUUUUCAACAUAAACAUAACUGGAUUAUUUUGUUGUAUGUUAACGAUGUUAAAUUAUAUUGAAUGCAUAAAGUAAAA